UUUGGAUUCUCAUCAUGCAUGGUGUGAAUAAAAAACAUGGAGGAGAAAGUGAACACAGUUGUUCUUCCAGGAGACGUUAUCUACGAAUUAGAGGCAACUUCAGAUGACAAAGAAGCAUUCAGGUUUGGUCCAGGGAUACGGGAAGAAUCUGGCAAGAUCAUGUCGUCGAAAGCUGGGGUACUGCGGACGAAAGAGCCCAAUAUUUUGUGGAUUGACAGCAAUCAACGCAGGUAUGUUCCUGCCCGAAAUGACAAGGUGGUUGGAAUAAUAACAAAAACAGGAAAGGAAAGCUACAAAGUGGAUAUUGGGUCCAGCUGCACAGCAGGACUUGGCAACCUCUCCUUUGAAGGAGCCACCAAACGGAACAAGCCUAACCUACAAAUUGGGGACCUUGUGUAUGCAAGACUGUCAAUGGUUAAUAAAGAUAUGGAGCCUGAACUUACUUGUAUGGAUACAACAGGAAAAAGCAAUGGCCUGGGACAAUUGAAUGGAGGCUUCUUGAUAAAAGUGUCACUCAGACUGGCGAGGAAGUUACUUCGACCAGACCACAUAGUUCUCGCUUUACUAGGAAGGCAUUUUCCUUUUGAAGUCACUGUUGGUCUCAAUGGACGAAUUUGGAUCAAUUCAAAAGGAAUACUGAACACAAUCGCUGUGGCAAAUGCAAUAACAAACUCAGAGUUUCUUGGUGAUAAAGAAAUAAAGACAAUGGUCGAUAAGAUUGUGAAUGAACUGCGAAAGUCUUGAUACGACUGCUGCCAUUGGAUCCCUGUGCUCUGUUAUACGAGGGGAAGACGUCACGACACACUACUAAUGUCUCCUCAAAGUUUCUUCAUGCAACAACACGCACAAUAAAAAGGGUUGCAUGAUGAUGCCUGCAAUGGAGCACAGGCAAUGACUUCGGAAAUGUCAAAUCGUCAUUCGGAGCUCGGCCUACUUAAAAGUCAAUAUUGGCCUGCUCAAGAGUCAAUCUGCCAAGGAUCUAUGUGUCUGUGAAACACUUGAACAAAAGCGAAGAAGAAAAAUACUAGAUUGUAGAGUUGGAACGACAAAUAGUCCUUGUUUGGAAGUGGUGAUUUUUUGUAAAUAUAAAUAUAUACAAGAAUUUUAUCAUUUCACUGAUUAUACCAAUCAAGGAAUAAAAGUGAAAAUGUACACAUAACCAGAAAAAACAGAAUCCAAACUCUAAA